AUGCCGUCUACGACUCUCACCGCCGCUGCUACGGCAAACACCGUGAAACUGACCGGCGUAUCAGCCUCGUCGUCAACCUCCGCUGCCGCCGAGGAUCUUGACAUCUACGAUGAAAUCGAGAUUGAAGACAUGACCUACGACUCCACCCUGCAGAUCUACCAUUAUCCGUGCCCGUGUGGCGACCGGUUCGAGAUUGCGAUCGCGGAUCUCAGACAGGGCGAGGACGUGGCGGUGUGUCCGAGUUGCAGUUUGAUGAUCCGGGUUAUCUUCGAGGUGGAGGAUUUGCCGGCGGAAGAGGAUCAAGGCUCGAAAGAAAAAGAGAAGGUGUGA